AUGGUACAGCUUUUAGUGUUUUUGAGGUUUGAUGCGACCGGUGCCUUCCAUCAACUAAUUGGAGAUUCGAUACACUUCUCCAGGUCAACGGCUGGAAGAUGCAUUAGAAGGGUUGCGUCAGCGUUAGUUAGCCUCGCUAAUCGUUAUAUUAUAUUCCCAACUGACCAAAACGCUACUAAUACCAAGAGAAAGUUCCACAACAUCGCAGGGUUUCCGGGUGUGUUGGGCUGUGUUGAUGGCACAUUUAUUCGAAUACAGACGCCAGUAGAAAAUGAACCGGAUUACGUCAACCGGAAAGGAUAUCAUUCCUUAAAUGUUAUGAUGACAUGCGACACCAAUUUUGUUAUAAUCAACGGUGUGGCGAAAUGGCCAGGGUCUUGCCAUGAUUCUAGAGUCUUCAGAGAAAAUACUCUGUCGUCAAUUUGA